AUGUCAACCCUCCAAACCGUGGCUGCACCUCGGGAUACCACGAGCGAACCAGCCCAAAAGCCACGGCACGUCAGAACAGUUGAACGCUGGAUAGUUGGCGGCAUUAUCAUUACCUAUGAGGAGGCCGUAGCCUGGGCCAACCGAUUGCGCGCCACUCGAGGAGAUUUCCCCCUUGAGGCAACCCGAAUAGACUAUUACCAGGUGCUCGUCGAGAUCCAGGAGAGGGUCCUAAAACUCCGCGGGCGGGGGGCCAUGUACUGGGGCUAUCGUAUAAAGGAUACGGUGAUGCGCACGCACAUGAUGAUUAUGACGCGAUAUGAAUCAGCGCGGGUGCCGGUCGUCAAUGGGGUGCCAACGCUCACGCCGGCGCAGAAACGGUUGGGUCCGGUCGAACGCAUGGCCCAGAGGACAUUGAAGGAGCAGGAACAGGUGCAGUACGUAGGGUACAAUGCUUAUCCUUCCAACACGCCGCCCUACUCCUACUACACGCUGCCCCAGGCUUGCAACAACAAGGCUACCGUUUCCAAGUGCUCUGCAUUUGCAGGUUACGAUCCAGCUUUCACGACGUGA